ACCAAUCAUUCCUGAGCUGGUAGCUCGGGGAGUGAUCCAUCAGAUGUUUCCUCUUCAUGAACAGAGGAUACUCAACCAGCUGAUGACAUCGUGGGUCCAGGCUGUAUGUGAAAGACAGCCCCUCGAUGACAUCUGUGACUACUUUGGGGUGAAGAUUGGGAUGUAUUUUGCCUGGCUGGGUUUCUACACCAACUCCAUGCUCUACCCUGCUGUGAUCGGCUUUCUGCUGUGGAUCCUCGCAGAGGCUGACCAAACCAGUCAGGACAUCUGCUGCGUUGUUUUUGCCCUCUUCAAUGUUGUGUGGGCAACUUUAUUUCUGGAGCGCUGGAAGAGGCGAGAGGCUGAGCUGGCGUACCGGUGGGGAACUCUGGAUACCCCUGCAGAGCCCUUGGAGGAGCCCAGGCCUCAGUUCAGGGGAGUGAAGCGCUGCAGCCCGAUAACUGGGUGUGAGGAGUUCUACUACCCUCCCUGGAAGAGAGCGGUGUUCAGAUGGAUGGUCAGCCUGCCCAUCUGCCUCCUCUGCCUCUGUUUUGUCUUCCUUGCUAUGCUCCUCUGUCUGGAACUACAGGAAGUGGUGAUGGAGAUUCAGGAGCUUCCUGGUGUGACAAGAUUCAUCCCUAAGAUUCUCCUGGCUGUUACUGUAACUGUAUGUGAUGAAGUGUAUAAGAAGAUCGCCUAUUGGCUCAAUGAUAUGGAGAACUACAGACUUCAGAGUGCCUACGAGAACAAUCUCAUCAUCAAGAUGGUGUUUUUUGAAUUCAUCAAUUCCUACCUUAGUCUUUUCUACAUUGGAUUCUACCUCAAGGACAUGGAGCGACUGAAGGAGAUGCUAGCUACUCUGCUGAUUUUCCGCCAGUUCCUGCAGAACAUCAAAGAAGUCCUUCAGCCUUAUCUGUAUGAGCAAAACAAGCUGGGCGUCUUCACCCCAAAGGUGCUAUGGGAGCUCCUCCAAGCCAUCAUGCUGAAGUAUGGCCGCUUAGCUCUGGGAAAGGCCCAGGCCUCAAUGACGUCGUAUUCCUCUUUGGGUCCCAGAGGUCAGGUUGGGGACUGCAAUCCCGAGCUGAAGAGAAGAGGUGAUCUGAAAGCUGGCUUUAGACUGACGCAGGAAGAAUGGGAAAUGAAUGACUGCGCCAUGAAGCAGCGGAAAGUCAGCUUCACUGAGAAGGUGGACUACCAGGAUGUCACACAGGCGGGGGAUGAGACUUUCCUCGAGGACAGUCCCACACUGGUUGAGGAAGGGAUGGAUCCAUCCAGUAUUUUUGAUAGCUGUGAUGAGGACAGUGAUUGUGAAUCAUCAGCUUACACAUGUCGUCCCCAUAUUUCAAAGGAGACCAACGCCGGUGUGUCUUCACCAAAGGAUUCUGACUCUGUAUGUCAGAUAAGGAAGAACGCAGGUGAGAGGAAAGACGAUAAGAAAUCCUGGAUUGAUCCACCAGAAGAGCCCAAAACAGUCACUCUGACCCAGGCAGAGAUCGAGAGCUGCAUGCAGACAUACGAGGGAACGCUUCAGGACUACCAGGAGAUGUUCAUUCAGUUCGGCUACGUGGUGCUCUUCUCCUCGGCCUUCCCCCUGGCAGCCAUGUGCGCCCUCAUCAACAACAUCAUUGAGAUCCGGAGCGACGCCCUGAAGCUCUGCACCGGCCUGCAGAGACCGUUUGGGCAGAGGGUGGAGAGCGUCGGGCAGUGGCAGACUGCCAUGGAGGCCAUGGGCUUGAUCGCCAUUCUAGUAAACUGUUACCUGAUUGGUCAGUGUGGACAGCUCCAGCGUCUGUUCCCCUGGCUGAGUCCUGAGAUGACCAUAAUCUCCAUCGUCUUACUGGAGCACUUUGCAAUCCUCCUAAAGUACAUCAUCCAUGUUGCCAUCCCUGACAUCCCUGGCUGGGUAGCAGAUGAGAUGGCCAAACUAGAGUACCGGCGAAGGGAAGCUUUCAAGAAGCAUGAGCUGCAGGCCCAGCAGCACUUCCAGCAGCAGCUUAGGCGGCGGCGUGAGGAAGAGGAGCUUCACCGUCAGGCGGAGCUGCAGGCCGAAGCCCGUAAGGAGAACGACUACCACAAGCUGGACGCCCAGCACCAGCACCACCACGACAAAGCACAGGGCAGCAAGGCAGGGGACAAGCCCAGGAGACCCAGCUCUCUUCUGGGGAACAACAAUGUGAUGAAGCUUAAGCAGAUCAUUCCUCUCCAGGGAAAGUUCUCCUCCAACGCUUCCCGCUCGCCAGCCCAGUCCCCAACUGGAGGCGAGGCAAAGCUGCCUGGGUUUCUCAAGUUCUUAAAGUCCCCUGAGGUGAAGAAAGAGCCAGCAGUGGCAGUCGGAGCAACACCGGGAUCGACAGCAACAUCUUCAGUCGCCCCUGGCAGCCAGGAGAUGUCUCAGUCCCCCACCAGGACAUUCAGUCCUGGGAAGCUCUUCAGUUUUAGCAAAUCUGAAGGAAGUGUGGUGUGUGCAAAUGGGACACAGCAACCGAGCCAGGCUGCUAGCAGGGCCGAUAUCAACACAUCCUCAGAGGAGUUGUCUUCUAAUGAGUCAGAAAAAGGAGACAGCAAACAACUACCCGAUUCAGAAAACACACACACAAAGACUUUAUGAAUAUAAUAAAUAUUAGAAAAGGAGAGCACCACACAGAUGUUCAGAAACAAGUCAGAGUAGAAC